AUGGCGCCCGUAGGCCGCCUGCGCAGAAGCGCACCGCGCUCGCUCGCUAUGCGAGGCUCCUUCGCUCACUGCACACCCCUGCAUCCUGCCCGACCAGUGAGCGUGGCGCUAGGCAUGCUGAAGUCCAUGGCGCGCGGCCCGCUGGCGUUAUGCGAGGCGCCCUCGCUCACUGCGCACCCCUGCAUCCUGCCCGACCAUGACAACUCCAAAGAGCACUCAUCUGGCGUGCGCUACAUCAGCGCUUGCAACUGUGGGCGCACCAAGUGUUCUCGCGAGGACCCGUACUCCGUGAAACGGGCUAACUACACGUUCUACCAGCAGGCGGCUGAAGAGUGUGGGGUUUGUCCCACCCUGCAAGCCAUUGACUUCCCCGUCUUUCAGCCAUCCACUCCUACUUAUAGAGCGGCGUCAGUGAAAGGCGCAUCGUCCCAGGAAGCGGGCGAACCAGCCGCGCGUUCCCAAGGGGACGGGGACGGAGACGGCGACGGGGACGGGGACGGCGCGUGGUCCGUGGCCGACGCGCUGUCGCCGGGCUCGGCGCGGGACGACGACGACGCCUCGCCAGCUUCCGACAAAUACGUGGUGCCGGUUAGAGGAGAUUCUACUUCAGAUAAAGUGAUGACCCGUCAACCAUCCACGACCGAGUACCUACCCGGCAUGCUCCACACAGGCAGCCCGGCCGGCCUGCUGCCCGCCUUCCCGUCCUUCAGCCUCGUGUGCCUCGGGCCCUCCUCGCUGUACUCGCACAGCGCCGGCCUGCCCGAGGCGCUGCAGCCCGGCCUGCUGCCGCACACCAACCACCUGCUGCCCUGGGACGCGCUCGCGCGGUCGGUACAGCUCAUCAUCAUCAUCAUCGUCCAGCCACAGCACAGCCCGGCCUGCCCGAGGCGCUGCAGCCCGGCCUGCUGCCGCACACCAACCACCUGCUGCCCUGGGACGCGCUCGCGCGGUCGGUACAGCUCAUCAUCAUCAUCAUCGUCCAGCCACAGCACAGCCCGGCCUGCCCGAGGCGCUGCAGCCCGGCCUGCUGCCGCACACCAACCACCUGCUGCCCUGGGACGCGCUCGCGCGGUCGGUACAGCUCAUCAUCAUCAUCAUCGUCCAGCCACAGCACAGCCCGGCCUGCCCGAGGCGCUGCAGCCCGGCCUGCUGCCGCACACCAACCACCUGCUGCCCUGGGACGCGCUCGCGCGGUCGGUACAGCUCAUCAUCAUCAUCAUCGUCCAGCCACAGCACAGCCCGGCCUGCCCGAGGCGCUGCAGCCCGGCCUGCUGCCGCACACCAACCACCUGCUGCCCUGGGACGCGCUCGCGCGGUCGGUACAGCUCAUCAUCAUCAUCAUCGUCCAGCCACAGCACAGCCCGGCCUGCCCGAGGCGCUGCAGCCCGGCCUGCUGCCGCACACCAACCACCUGCUGCCCUGGGACGCGCUCGCGCGGUCGGUACAGCUCAUCAUCAUCAUCAUCGUCCAGCCACAGCACAGCCCGGCCUGCCCGAGGCGCUGCAGCCCGGCCUGCUGCCGCACACCAACCACCUGCUGCCCUGGGACGCGCUCGCGCGGUCGGUACAGCUCAUCAUCAUCAUCAUCGUCCAGCCACAGCACAGCCCGGCCUGCCCGAGGCGCUGCAGCCCGGCCUGCUGCCGCACACCAACCACCUGCUGCCCUGGGACGCGCUCGCGCGGUCGGUACAGCUCAUCAUCAUCAUCAUCGUCCAGCCACAGCACAGCCCGGCCUGCCCGAGGCGCUGCAGCCCGGCCUGCUGCCGCACACCAACCACCUGCUGCCCUGGGACGCGCUCGCGCGGUCGGUACAGCUCAUCAUCAUCAUCAUCGUCCAGCCACAGCACAGCCCGGCCUGCCCGAGGCGCUGCAGCCCGGCCUGCUGCCGCACACCAACCACCUGCUGCCCUGGGACGCGCUCGCGCGGUCGGUACAGCUCAUCAUCAUCAUCAUCGUCCAGCCACAGCACAGCCCGGCCUGCCCGAGGCGCUGCAGCCCGGCCUGCUGCCGCACACCAACCACCUGCUGCCCUGGGACGCGCUCGCGCGGUCGGUACAGCUCAUCAUCAUCAUCAUCGUCCAGCCACAGCACAGCCCGGCCUGCCCGAGGCGCUGCAGCCCGGCCUGCUGCCGCACACCAACCACCUGCUGCCCUGGGACGCGCUCGCGCGGUCGGUACAGCUCAUCAUCAUCAUCAUCGUCCAGCCACAGCACAGCCCGGCCUGCCCGAGGCGCUGCAGCCCGGCCUGCUGCCGCACACCAACCACCUGCUGCCCUGGGACGCGCUCGCGCGGUCGGUACAGCUCAUCAUCAUCAUCAUCGUCCAGCCACAGCACAGCCCGGCCUGCCCGAGGCGCUGCAGCCCGGCCUGCUGCCGCACACCAACCACCUGCUGCCCUGGGACGCGCUCGCGCGGUCGGUACAGCUCAUCAUCAUCAUCAUCGUCCAGCCACAGCACAGCCCGGCCUGCCCGAGGCGCUGCAGCCCGGCCUGCUGCCGCACACCAACCACCUGCUGCCCUGGGACGCGCUCGCGCGGAUAGAGGGCGGUUUGGGCCUGGGCCCGCGCGGGGCGGGCGGCGCGCGCGGGCGGGGCCGGGCGGCGCCGCACCACCUCACCGUCAAGAUCUUCAUCGGCUUCGAGUAUGAGUGCCCGAGGGGACAUAGGUUCAUGAUGUCGUCUCCCGACACCGUCGUAAGCGGCGGCGGCACGGCGGCGACUCGCGAGGCGGGCGCGGCGGGCGCGCGGCUGGCG